AUGGAGGGCCAGAAACUACAGAGAAACGUGGUCGAACCCGCAACGAUACACAACUCCACCUUCAUCCUCCUCCACGAUCGCGGCUCCUCAGGGGCAGAGUUCCAGCGCGCCCUCUGCAACGCCCUCCUCCCCACCCUAAUCCGCCAGGUCGCCCCAGGAACCCGGUUCAUCUUCCCAGAUGGCCCGUUCUCGGAUCCCAAUGGAGGACGAGACUGGUACCGCCUCGAGCACCCCCAGCUAGAGUGCGGCGAGGCGGCGAGCCUAGACCAGUGGAGGCACGUUAUGUACGCAGCGGAGGAGGUCGAUAUGGUGGUUGAGGAUGAAGCGCGACUCAUCGGUAGGAAGAAUGUCUUCCUUGGAGGCAUCGGCAAGGGAUGCGCCGUCGCCAUGAUGACGCUCCUCGAGAUGGAGAAACCCAUUGGAGGCUUCAUCGGAUUUGGGGGGUGGAUGCCGUUUGUCAGAGACAUGAAGGAUGUUGCGACGCUGGGCAAGAUCUUGACUCCUGAUCCUCCCUUCUCCCAAAACAACCUACACAGCCAAGGCGGCAUCGAAGACAUGGCUCUUGGCCAGGGCAACGGCUUGGUUGACCCUCGCAUGCUCAGCAUACAAAACAACCAGCAGCAACAGCCCUUCCCACAAGCCGUCUCCCCAACUCCCGUGUUUGAGCUACCCAACCAGUCAGUAGAAGCACGGCACCAACGCGUGGCACACUUCCUCCGUCAAUUCGAAUGGACUGAACACGCCCGGGACAAGUACGAGAAGGAAUUCAGCACGGCAACGCCCAUCGUAUUGAUGCACUCGUCCAACGAUGAGAAGGUCUCCCGCUCGCACGCAAAGGAAGCCCAGAUGAUGCUAUUUCAGCUAGGUUACCAUGUGAAGCUGGGGGAGUCGAACACCGGCCACACCAUAACCAGGGAGGUGCUGCGAUGGUUGAUUUCGACCCUGCUCGAGGUAUUGCCCUUCUCAUACGAAGCUUUGAGAUCUGACCUCAUGCGUUUCAUAAUGAGCUCGGUCAUUAGACGCCGGGCGAGAGAUUCGUCAUAUUGGGCGGUAGUGGGCGAUCCUUGA